CCUCUGCCAGGAACACUCUUCUCUCUUCCCUGCCUGGCUGUGCAGACUCCGCCGAGGGCUGCCUCCUCCUGCAGGAAGCCUGCCCUCACCUGCUCAGUAAAACCCAUCACCCCCUCCCAGAUGUGAGCCCAGCAGGCCUCUGGCGGACCUACCACUGAAGCAGGCCCCGCACCCCAGGCCCAGCAUGCGCCUGUCGGUGCGGAGGGCGCUGCUGGCGGCCGGCUGCGCCCUGGGCCUGCUCCUGGCCUUCCAGCUGGGGCAGCAGGUGCUGGAGUGCCGGGCGGUGCUGAAGGGCCCGCAGAGCCGCUGGCCCGCCAUGCGGCCGGAGCACGAGGACCUGGUGAUGGUGGGCACGGACCACGUGGAGUACCGCUACGGCAAGGCCAUGCCGCUCAUCUUCGUGGGCGGCGUGCCCCGCAGCGGCACCACGCUGAUGCGCGCCAUGCUGGACGCCCACCCCGAGGUGCGCUGCGGCGAGGAGACCCGCAUCAUCCCCCGCGUGCUGGCCAUGCGCCAGGCCUGGUCCAAGUCGAGCCGGGAGAAGCAGCGGCUGGACGAGGCGGGCGUGACGGACGAGGUCCUGGACGCCGCCAUGCAGGCCUUCAUCCUGGAGGUGAUCGCCAAGCACGGCGAGCCGGCCCGCGUGCUCUGCAACAAGGACCCCUUCACCCUCAAGUCCUCCGUCUACCUGUCGCGCCUCUUCCCCAACUCCAAGUUCCUGCUGAUGGUGCGCGACGGCCGCGCCUCCGUGCACUCCAUGAUCACGCGCAAGGUCACCAUCGCCGGCUUCGACCUCAGCAGCUACCGCGACUGCCUCACCAAGUGGAACAAGGCCAUCGAGGUGAUGUACGCGCAGUGCCUGGAGGUGGGCCGCGACAAGUGCCUGCCCGUGUACUACGAGCAGCUGGUGCUGCACCCCCGGCGCUCCCUCCAGCUCAUCCUGGACUUCCUGGGCAUCGCCUGGAGCGACUCCGUCCUGCACCACGAGGACCUCAUCGGCAAGCCCGGCGGCGUCUCCCUGUCCAAGAUCGAGCGAUCCACCGACCAGGUCAUCAAGCCCGUGAACCUGGAAGCCCUGUCCAAGUGGACCGGGCACAUUCCCGGGGACGUGGUGAGGGACAUGGCCCAGAUCGCCCCCAUGCUGGCUCGGCUCGGCUACGACCCCUACGCAAACCCCCCCAACUACGGCAACCCAGACCCCAUCGUCAUCAACAACACGCACCGGGUCUUGAGAGGGGACUAUAAAACACCAGCCAAUCUGAAAGGACAUUUUCAGGUGAACCCGAACAGCACCGCCUCCCACGUGGGAAGCUCGUGAUUUCCAGGAGACACCGCAGACCAGACCGGGUGCGCUAGCUCCUUCCUGGCUCGUGGUUGGCCUUGACUCAGUGCUGAUCCUUCCCUUGCCUCCCAGCAGUCGCUGCUGUUUGCUCUUCGUACAUGAGAAAGGGCGUCUGAGGUCGGGGUGCAGGUUGCGAUGCGGGGAGCCUCCCGUCUCCUGUGGGCGCUGCAGCCGCGCGUUCUGCCGUCACACCUGCUAACAGAACCGGCCUGGGCUCACGCGGCUCCCCUGCUUUCAGGUCUCGCAGUGGCUGUCGCCAGGAAGGGGAGAAGCUGCCUCCAGUGGAAAUCGGACUCUAAUCCAAGCAUAUUGCUUGCUAUUAACCGGCAAAGGGACUGCUGCCGAGGGGUGAUUUGCAUAUGUUUGCAAAGCCGGAUCUUUGGAAACUUUCCUUGAAACACGCUACCUUCGGACCCUCCGGGACGGAGGGCGGGAGUGCGGACACCGUCCAGCUUUGGAAACUUGGUUUUUAUAUUUUCCCGCGAGAACUUUUUCUAAGAAGUGGCCUUGCCGCCUCGCUCCUGUGCAGGGCGCCUGGGCGGCGCUGCUGGCUGGGACCAGGCCACCCCGUGCCUCUCCUAGGCCCUAUUUUUGAAUUCAAAGAAUCUAUUUAAAAAUUUAAUAUAUGAGGCUUUCUUUGAUUCCUCCCCAGCCCUUAAAUGGACACAGAAAAUAGAUCUAUUAUUUGAAUAAAGUGACCAGGGACUCGUU